AUGCAAAUUGAGUAUUAGAGAGAAGAUUUAGAGGAUUCAAUUAGUAAUAGAUAUUUAACUCAAUAUUAGAUUAUAAUAAAUACAAUUUUUAACAAAUACUAGAGAAAGAUCAUAUUUGCGAUGAAUUUUGUCAAGAUUAUAAACAACUUUAACGAUUUUCGGUGAGAUUAUAUAGAAUUCCUUUAGAAAUUGUGACUCUGGAAUUUUAGGAGGCUUGGGACUUUUGUUAGAGUAAAAUCGAAGUUUAUUUCAUGAAAUUCUAAAAAAAAAAUAACAGAGAAAUCAAAAGGCAAAAGAGACAAUAAAAAAUAGUCGUUAAAAAUAUUCCCUUCAAUUUCAAAAUUAAAUCAAUUUUACAUAGAAUACAUGAAAAUCAUAUAUCAUUAGUUUCUUAAUCUGUUAUUUUGGGAUUGUCAAUAGAGAGAUUAAAAUAUUUGCACAAGGAAAUAGAAAUAAAUUAAAAUUUUCAUUAUAUUCAUCCUUUUGAAUUUGUUAAUGAUCACUCAAUAUGGGUUUCUAAAUAUGUCAGAUAAGAAAACAUCUCAAACCUUUUUUCAAUUUAAAAUAUAUAUAAGGAUUUUUUAAUCCAAUUUAAUGUGACCAGAGAAGAGCUAUCAAUUUCGUAAUUUAGAAAAUAUUCCAAAUAAAUUGGAUAUUCUUACAAAAAAACCUCUAAAGUAAGCAUGCAGGCUACAACAUAAAUAAAUAAAGAGUAAAGAGUGCAAUAUGCUUUAUAAUUUUUAUUUUUGAUUUAGAAUAACUUAUACCCAAUUUAUAUUGAUGAAAGUGGGUUUGGGAAUGAUUAUCUGUAAAAGGUAUGGAGCUAAGUUGGAUAAAAACUCCAUUCAAAUUUUAUUACAAUUACCAAAAGGAUAAAUAUAAUAGGUGAUAUUGGACAAGGAUUGUUUCUUUUUCAAUGUAUUAGAACAAAUGUCGACGCUCAUAUUAUGAAAAACUUUCUUGCACGUUUAAUUUAAUUGUGUAAUGAAAAAUUUGGUAGAGGUUUGUAUUUUUUGAUUUUAGAUAAUGCAUCUAUUCAUAAGGAACAAUUUCUAAAAUAGCAUAUAAUCAACAAAAUCAAUCAUCUUUAACUUCCUCCUUAGAACAAUGAUUGCUGUUAAUAAUGA